CACACUCCCCGCAGCAUAAAUAUUCCUACAAGUUUUGUCCUGUACGGCUUGUUUCACUGGUUUAUAGACCAUUCCCAGUGUUCCCGUCAACUUACAGUUUCUUCCCAUAUAUCCAUUUGUUGCUUCUUCUCUGGGAUUUCUUCCCGUAAUUAUUGAACUCCGGAGCCAGCAGCCUAAAAGUGCAACUUCUAGUUACAGUAGGAAUGGGGAGGUAGGACUAUUAAGGAGAGAAAAGCUGGAAGAGACUAUGUGAAGCCUGUAAGGUGGAAAAUAUGGCAGCAGAAAGCAUGUGGUAAACAUAUGAUACACAUGUGUUAGUUUAACAUCUGGCCGAGAACAUAUGUUAGGAAUCCAUCGGGGGCUGUAACAUCACACAUCCAAAAUUCUGGACUUUUUUUUUAGCCCGUGGCUCCUGCAAUACGCAGGGAGACGGAUGGUCAGAGUAUUUGUUAGCAUAGACCGAGAAGAAAAGGCUACGCUAGGAGCUACUAUGUAGAAGAGAAGGGCUAUCAGAUCUGAUAAAGGAAGAAAAAAACAAUUAAAAGGAAAAUACUUCUUGAGAGAUUUGGUGGCAGUGGGCAAAGUCCAUGAGACAAAGAACGAAGGCAAGAAACAAGACUUCAAGAGACAUUAUAACUAAAAUCCAUAGCCCUGAAACAUGAAGGAAAAGGAUAUAUAUUUUGUAUAUAAAAAGAGAUGAAAUAUUAAGUACAUUAAGUAAAAAUAAGGCUGCUAUCAAACAGCCUUAUAUGAUCACACAGCCAGCUUCAAAGUAACAUCAGACAUUGCUACAUUGAUCAGCUGGAGUGCCUAUUUUCUGGUUUAAUCAUAGGCGACUUAGAUUAGUAAAGCCAAGAUGGAAUGCUUGUGGAUACCUCUUUUGACCAUUUUCUUUCUGUCGUGUCGGGGCAGACCCCAAAGAGAAGAUUCUGCCUUCCAGCGGAAGCAGGAACUGAUCUUAAAGGCCGAACAGUUGAGGGCACUUUCUCUGCAAGAACCUUGUUGGCUGGGUAGAGAUCGCAGGCCUAUAGUUAAUCCUCAAAACCAUCCCCUUGGGGCCUACCCUAUAAAGCAUCAAUGGCACAGGUACAAAACCACACAAAAGGAAUUGGACUGCCAGGCCCAUGGAUCGGAGACCUGUGGUGUGGACAAUCAAAAAAAGGAGAAGAACAAACACAGGAAGAGCUUAGGUGUCAUAUCCCAAUUGAAGGGUAGAGCUGCUUGGGAAGCUAGGCACAGUUCUAAGAACCAUAUCUUAUUUAACAAACACAUGCCUAAAAAUUCUAACAAAUACAAGAGAAGUGCUAAGAAAACAGCAGAAAUAUUUAAUCCAACAGCAAAGAAAGGACGAUACCCUCGAGAUGCUGAUUUUAAUGUCUCAGGAAGGAUUUUACCUAAUUUCUCUUUACCUGCGUUAAAACACCAGAAGUUGUCCAGUUAUGGCUCCAUCUAUUUUUCCGGGGUCCGAAGUCAAUUGGUGUUAAAUCCAGACGGAGAGCUGCGAAUCCCCCGUGAAAGGUUCACUCUGGAGCUGUGGGUGAAGCCUGAUGGAGGACAAAAUGAUCCGGCAGUCAUAGCAAGCAUGUUUGACAAUUGCUCUCAUACAGUUAGUGACCGUGGUUGGUCUCUCGGGAUACGUCCGUCUGUGUUUGGUGCAAAGAGAGAGGCACACUUCUAUUUCUCACUUAGGACUGACCGUUCUCCCAACGCUACCAUCUUGAUGUCACCACAUCGAUACAAGCCAAAUAUUUGGACCCAUUUAGCCGCCAGUUAUGAUGGGCAUAAGGUUCUAUUUUAUAUAAAUGGGAUUCAGGUUUCGAAAGCUCAAGGUCAAUGGGGUUCACUCCAUAGCCCUUACAUUUCCUUAUGCAGGACCCUCAUGCUCGGGGGAGAUAACUCAGAAGCUGGCCAUUGCUUUCGUGGUCAUAUCUUCUCUGUGCGACUGUGGCCAGAACCUAGAACUCAAAAUCAGUUGAGGGAAGAAGCCCUACGGAGAUCGACAGAUGGCUACUCAGAAACGCCGUUAUUCAUGAACUGUCUUUCCACGCUGCUAGGUAAUCUCUGGAUUCCUUUUAAAGAAGGUGGAACUACAGAGGUUGUACCAGAGCUUGUGCCCGAAAUUCCCUUGACCUCUCCUCUUUUGCUUCCUCCUUGUGGAAGAACCUCUUGUGAUUUGCCUGAUGUGACUAAUACUUACAGCCGGUCUGAGGGAAAAUGGAAAAAAGAGGUACAUUAUCGUGUGGUUAACCUAUGUGAGGAUGAUGGUUCCAGGCCACUGGUCAGUGACGAGCAAAUCAUGAGGCAGCAUCAGGCCUUAAUUGAGGCCUACAACCCUCAUGGCAUCCACUGGCAACUUAACAUACAGCGGAUACAUAACUCCACACUAAGGACUCGAGUAGUUCUCCCAGGGUGUGAACCAGGAAGGGUAGGCAAUGAGCACUGUGACCCUGAGUGUCGCCAUCCACUUACUGGUUAUGAUGGAGGAGACUGUGGUUACUUCAGGCCUUGCAACCCACGGAAAAAAGGAGAUGGAAUAUGCCACCUGGAAUGUAAUACAGCAAGGGAUGAUUAUGAUGAUGGAGAUUGUUGCCCACCUCAAGAAUCCGGUAGGAGCUCAAAGACCUGUUUUGAUCCAGAUGCAAAAGGAAGAGCAUACAUGAGCGUGAAAGAACUUAGAGAUGCCCUGCACCUGAACGGCUCUAUUUUCCUCAACAUCUAUUUUGCCGGCUCUGCGGGGGAGGAGCUAGCCGGAGCAGCCACCUGGCCCUGGGAUAAGGAGGCCCUCAGUCAUCAGGGUGGCGUAGUGUUGAACCCUGCUUAUUACGGCAUGCCAGGCCACACCAACACCAUGAUUCAUGAAGUGGGGCAUGUGUUGGGUCUUUACCACGUUUUUAAAGGUGUAAGUGAGCGUGAAUCCUGCGACGAUCCAUGCAGUGAAACGGAGCCAUCCAUGGAGACAGGGGAUCUGUGUGCCGACACAGCCCCUACACCGAAAAACAAGCUCUGCCGAGACCCAGACCCAACCAACGACACGUGUGGGACCAUGUUUUACACAGGGACACCCUAUAACAACUACAUGAGUUAUUCAGAUGAUGACUGCACUAAUAGCUUCACCCCAAACCAAGUGGCCCGAAUGCAUUGUUACCUUGACCUGAAAUAUCAAGGCUGGACUAGAAGUCAGAAACCGUCACCUAUUCCCCUUCCACCUAUUGUGGUUAAACAGAGCUUAGAUUCCCUUACCAUUCACUGGCUUCCCCCGAUAAGUGGAGAACUGUUUGAAAGGGAACCAGGAUCGGUUUGUGCAUUUUGUGCGGCUGAUGGGUCAUUUCAGCAGUAUGCGUACCAGGCGUCCUCCUCCCGUGUCUGUGAUUAUUCUGGGUACUGGACACCUGAAGAAGCAGUAGGACCUCCAGAUGUUGAUCGGCCCUGUGAACCAAGUCUACAAGCUUGGAGCCCGGAGCUCCACCUGUACCACACCAACAUGUCUGUUCCAUGUCCCCAGCCCCAGGGAUGCAUGUUGGAGCUCAAAUUCCAAAAACCUGUCUUGCCUCAGACCCUCACUAUAUGGAUAACAUACCUCUCUCACAAUUUAGCUGGUUCGGUGUCAGACAUUGAGGUCUUGCUGGACCACGGAGAAACUAUUCACAUGGGAUCUAUGGAAGCUUUCUGUGACAUGCCUUUAACCAUCCGGUUGGCCACGGAACAGAAUGUCUAUGGAGUUCGUAUUUUUACUUUUGAUGAGCUAAUGGAAAUAGAUGCAGCUCUUCUUGUAUCUAUGCCUCAUAGUCCAUUUUGUUCAUCUUGCAAACCUGUGAGAUACAGGGUGCUCAGAGACCCACCUUUCCAAAGAGAUCGCCAUGGAAAAUGGACUCAAACCCACCGUAUAUUUACAGACAGGGAAGUCACGCCGGGGCACAGAUACCAUUAUCAGGUACAGGUGGUGACUGGGACCGAGGCCGGGGAGCCAUCACCCCCACUUAUCCAUGUACAUGGAGACCCCUUUUGUGGAGACGGAGAAAUCCAUGAGGAGCUGGGAGAAGAGUGUGAUGACGGAGCACUGCAUGAUGGAGAUGGUUGCUCUGCAAAAUGUCUUCGCGAGCCAAACUAUAGCUGCCAUGGGGAGCCUAGCUUGUGCUUUUUACUCAACGGCGACAGUACCACUGAACUUGCAGACAGCAGAAUUGAAGUAUCAGCUAACUAUCUUGGGCAAACCUCGCAUAGAUAUAUUGAUCAAUGGGCUUUGCAGGCUACAUCUUCUCUCCAGGAUUCCAAUAAAUGUCCAGUGUUGGCUUUAUCUCACGAUCAAGUCCAGAAGGGCUGUAAACCUCUUAGAACAUUAUCUGGAGCCAAGAACUUAUCUGCAUGGUUUCUAUGUUCAGGAAAGGUCAACGUGUCUAUGGAGCAAGACAUAUGGUUAAAGGUGAACUUUGAAAAACCAAGUCUUGCAGACAUGUUCUUUGUCUACCUGGCUGCAGAUGGUUCCAUCCCAGGUAGUGCUCACAAAUCCACAGUCACCGCUCAUCUGACAGAUGUGAUGGGGCAUAACCACUCGCUUGGAACCCACGAGCUGAGUUGUCAGAAGAAUCCUCUGGUCUUGAAUAGGACAAGUGACCCCAAGAACCCAAUGUACAACACUGCGUCUGUCACACUGAGGUUCUCGUCACCACUGGUGGGGGUAUCUGGAGUAGCAGUGAGGUCACGAGCUAGCAGCCAGCCCCGAAUGGGAUAUAGAAGCAGCCCAGAACACGAGGACUGCAGCUCAUGCCCUACUUUAAAUAUUCUACAUGGCUCGGCUCAUUGCUCCCUGGAUGGGGAUGGUGAUACUCAGUGUACAGUCACAUGUGACAAAGGAUAUGCCAUACUUGCUGUCAGCAAGAGGGAGUCUAACGUCAUGCAGACCGCAGUGUUAAAAUGCUCAUUCGGGCACUGGAACAUGUCGGUGACUUGUGAACCUUUGGAUUGUGAGUCCCCAUCUCCUUCUCUUGUGUUUCAUGCCACCUUCUCAUGUCCUGAUGGAACAGGAUUAGGCAAACGCUGCUCCUUUCAUUGCCUUCCUCCUGCGAAGUUCCAAGGAAUGAGUCAGUGGGUGACUUGCAUGUGGGAUGGACUUUGGUCUCUUCCUGAGGGCUACUGUAAGCUUGAAUGUGAAGCGCCUCCUGCCAUUGCCCAUGGCAAGCUUCUCACACCCCGUUGUCUUCUUGACCACCACGAUGUGGGAUCUAUGUGCCGAUACAGGUGUAAGCCUGGCUACCAUGUAGCAGACACUGUUGAGCGUCGGACAAAGAGGAAGUUCCUGAAAAUACAGUGUCUCCAGACAGGUCUUUGGUCCGUCGGUCGCUGCAUUCCUGUAAUGUGUGACCCAUUACCACCCAUCUUACAAGGGAUGUACAACUGUACCCGGGGACUAGAAGUGGAUAGCAAAUGUACCCUGUACUGCGGAUCUCACACGGUAUCUACCGUCUGCAGUAAGGAUGGAACCUGGACUGAGCGGCUGAGUCUGUGUGAGGGUCUACAGGGGACAUGUAAUCCACCCCUAGAAAUCAACAGCAUUCAUUACACCUGUGAUCAAGGACACACAAUUGGUUCUGUCUGCACAGCCUCGUGCAUUUAUCCUCCUAGUGAUCCGGUUGUUCUGCCUGAGAAUAUUACUGCAGAUACAAUGGAACAUUGGAUGACCCCAAUCAAAGUUCAGAGUAUAAUGUGCACAGGAACUUUAAAGUGGCAACCAGACCCUGCAUCCCUCCAUUGCAUCCUCUCUUGUGAGCCUUUUCUAGCAGAUGGCUGGUGUGACACCAUUAAUAACCGGGCCUAUUGUCAGUAUGAUGGAGGGGAUUGCUGUGCCUCUACCCUCUCUUCUCACAAGGGCCAGGUGAUCCCCUUUGCAGCUGACUGUGAGGAAGACGAAUGUACGUGUCGUGACCCAGAUGCAGAAGAGAACAGAGCUCAUCGUAAAGAUCUGAACUAACUCAUAGGAGCUCAAAGGACUUCUGAACCAGUUCCUCU